AUGGCUAUGGUCGUUGCGGAUUGUUACCCACCUAGCUGUUUAUGAAGACUGCAAUAUGGAUAAAGAUUUAGUCCAGCAGUGCCUAAACUACCACGGGCCUACCCUUCUGUCCCAGCUUAGGAGUGAGCAACAUGAACACGCAGGGUUUAAGCAGCUGCUCGGGGACCUUGCUAAAUGGCCCCAGUACAGGAAGGAGAGGAAUGGAGAUAAUCUUGAAAUACAGCAAUUUAUUGCAAGGAAAGCAGAUCUGUUUUUUUCUCUGUCAUGGAAAUCCGGUCCACAAGAGAAUGUGGAAUCGCAGGAGUCAACGCAAGGCCAUUAUGCUGUCAUGCCCCCCUUGGAGCAGUUCAUGGUGAUUGCCAAUGAGGAGAAGAGAGAAUUGUUCUUUCGAGACAUAGAGCGUGGUGAUGUUGUCAUUGGAAAGAUAACUUCUAUACGUGAUUUUGGUUUUUUCUUGGUGCUUAUGUCUAUCAGCAGCGGUAUUUUAAGGGACAUAGCAACAUUGGAAAUAAAUGCUUUGUGUCCCGUUAGAGAUGUGCCUUCUCAAAGUAGCCAUGGUGACCCAUUAUCGUAUUAUCACAUAGGUGACCUAAUCCAAGCUGCUGUAAAAGACAUUGACCGUUACCAUGAAAAGCUGACACUGUCUUUGCACAAAUCUGCUCUUCCAAGCCAUUUGUCAUCUGUUAAGCUGGGAGUUAUAAGUGUCGAUGAUAUGCCUGAAUACUACAGGAAAAGUUCUGAAAUGUCUGAUGUCUGUGGAAACGCUUAUGAAAAAACUUUACAGCAAUCCUUAGCAUUUUCUAACCCAUCGUAUGUAGAGGUUCUCCUUAGUAAACUAGGACUAGAUGAAUCCAAUCCACCAUCCUUCAUUAGAGCCCUUCAAAGGGGAAAUUUCUGUGAUCAAGAUUAUGCUCCUUGUUUGAGGAAAAAACAAUCAUCUUCAUGGGCCCUAAAGUGCGUGAAGAUUGGAGUUGAUUACUUUAAGAUGGGUCGUCAUGUGGAUGCUAUGAAUGAAUAUAAUAAAGCUUUGGAAAUUGAUGCCAAAAAUGUUGAAGCUUUGGUAGCGCGAGGUGCACUCUAUGCUACAAAAGGAAGCCUAAACAAAGCAAUACAAGAUUUUGAAGUUGCUCUGGAAAAUUGCCCUACACAUCGUAAUGCAAGAAAAUAUCUUUGUCAGACCCUUGUGGAAAGAGGUGGACAGCUGGAAGAAGAAGAUAAACUUCUAAAUGCUGAAAGUUAUUACAGCAAAGCACUGAACUUAGACAAAACAUUUACGGAAGCAGAUGAAGCAUUAAGCAAAGUGCACCAGCGCAUGCAGAAAUCUUUGGAAAAAAGAGAGAAACAGGAUGAAAAACCCAAAGAAAAGAAAAUAGAAACAAGUGCUGAGAAACUACGCAAACUCCUAAAAGAAGAUAUAAGAAAAAGGAAGUGCAGACGUCGGUCUUCAUCAAGUAGUUCCUUAUCUGAUACAUCUAGUUCUUCGGGUUCAUCCUCCUAUAGUCACAAAAAACAUAAGAAGAAAAAGAAGAGACGCAAAAGAAAUUCAGAAUCUUCAACCCAAUCUAGGAAGUGUGCCUCUGUCUCUGUGUCGCAUAAGGAAGAAGACUCGUAUAGCCCUCCUGCUGACACGCUAUCAUCCUUUCUUGACCGCAAGUCGGAUGUGCAGAAAAUCAUAGCAGAAAGGGACAGAGCUGGCUUUCAAAGGAGGUCCUCUAUGGACAAAGCAAGAAAUCGUUCUUUAUCCACCUCGUCUUGUGGAACUGUGGAACCUUAUGGAGGUAGGUCUGAAGAUUCACGGGAUUCGUACAGCAGUGCAAAGACUCAAGCAAGUAGCAGCAGACCAUACAGUGAGACAACCAGUAUUAAAAGUAGGUCUGGUAGAAGGGAUUCUGUAGACUCGUACCACAAAAAAGAUGACAUGCUUAAUGAUCACUUCAAACACGAAGGCCAGAAGUGCUACAACAGAAAGUUAGAAUCUAGUUCUGAAAAGAGACACGGGAGUACUUCUAGAUUGCCUCCCUUAGAUCAGCAAGGUAGUACAAAUAGAUUGCACAAAGAUAAUCCAAGCAAAGCUGGAAAUGAUCAGAAUGGAAAUGCAUCUACCGCUAAGGUUGCUUCUGGAAAUUUAAAUGAUAUUCUGAGCCAGAUUGCUCAAUUUCAGAAGGAAAAAGGUAGCAAACCAAGAAAAUAAGUUUGGUUCCCAAAUCUGUCUUUAAAUACUGCAAAUGUUUGUAUUGUUGAGCAUGGGUGCCUUGCACCUUGUAAAGUCUAUAUUGACUUGCUAUAUCUCAAGCAAGCAUUCUUACAGUGUGGGUUUUAAGUUGUAUUCAAAGAAAUGCCAGUCAGUCUAAAAACAUGGGUUGUCUCCUGCAAAGCUAACUUUGUCACCCCUAAGUCAUUUCUGCAAGCUUGUGUACUUAAUGGACCAAAUGGUAACAUCAUUGAACUAAAUUAUUUCCACUGCUGCCAUAUUUUUAAAUGUUCAACUGAAAAUAAAAUAAAGUUCUUGCUCUUGUAAA